CAGUAAUGCUCGGGGGUGAAGGAGAGAGCAGCGCCUUCUCUUCAACGAAGGAAGCAGCGAAUGAGAGGUGCAGGUCUCCAGCUGUGGAUGGAGAUGACCCGGCUGCUGGCAGCAGAUACACAGAGCAUGGGAUGGCUGCUGACCGUUACUAUAUCCCUCCCGUAGUUUCUAAACAGAACCCAGAGACAGCGAGUCCCUGCUCUUUUAUCCCAUACACUCCCAGUGGGACGGUUUACACCCCGUCCAGCGCUACCAGGUACCCCUCCUCUCUCCACUUGAGCUCCGUGUUGCCUCCCGCGGGAUUUCCCCCCUCCACCGCCAGCCGCAGUCACUUCAGCUCGGCUUACCAGCUCGGGCAGAGCCCCGGCUGCAUCUACCCGCCCUACACUGGCUCAGGGUCCGCUCUCAGCAACAUAACUCUGCCCCCCGCCAGCCCGGGGAUGAGGGCCCAGGUCUACCUCUGCAACCGGCCGCUGUGGCUCAAGUUCCACCGGCACCAGACCGAGAUGAUCAUCACUAAGCAGGGCAGACGGAUGUUCCCGUUCCUCAGCUUUAACAUAGCUGGUCUCAGUCUGGCAGCGCACUACAACGUGUUUGUGGAGGUGGUGCUGGCAGAUCCAAACCACUGGAGAUUCCAAGGUGGCAAGUGGGUUACCUGUGGGAAGGCGGACAACAGUAGCCAAGGGAACAAAGUCUACAUCCAUCCAGAGUCUCCAAACACCGGGGCCCACUGGAUGAGACAAGAAAUCUCCUUCAGCAAACUGAAACUCACCAACAACAAAGGAACCAGUCACAGUACUUCACAGAUGAUUGUGCUGCAGUCGUUGCAUAAGUACCAGCCUAGGCUGCACAUCGUGGAGGUGACGGAGGAUGGGGUGGAAGACAUUAGCAGUGAUGUAAAGGCUCAGAGCUUCACCUUUCCAGAGACCCAAUAUAUAGCUGUCACUGCCUAUCAGAACACUGAUAUUACACAGCUGAAAAUUGAUCACAACCCUUUUGCCAAAGGAUUCAGAGAUAAUUAUGAUUCCAUGUACACAGCUCCAGAGAAUGACCGCCUCACGCCAUCCCCAACCGACUCUUCUCGUGCCCACCAGAUUGUCCCCGGCGCCCGCUACACCAUGCAGCCUCUCUUCCAAGACCAGUUUGUCAACAACCUUCCCCAGAAUCGCUUUUACAACAGCGAGAGAGCAGUGCCGCAGACUAACAGCCUCCUCUCACCUCAGACAGAAGACGGCGCUUCACAGAGGUGGUUUGUCGCCUCAAUGCAGCAAGGGGGAAACAGCACAAGCACCAGCAACAAGCUAGAUCUAACACCCUAUGAGGGGGACUACACAAGUUCCCUGCUGCCUUAUGGUAUCAAAUCUCUGUCCAUGCAAACAUCCCACGCUCUCAGCUACUACCCAGACUCUCCUUUCAGCACCAUGUCCGCAGGGUGGGGGUCCAGAGCUGCAUACCAGAGAAAGGUAACUACCAGCCUGCCUUGGUCUCCUAGGCCCAGUCCCACUGCUGGUUUCCCAGAAGACUCAAACAAGGUGAAACCACAGAUAGAUGAGGAGGUGAACAGCAGUGGGGGCCUGAUCUCCUCCUGGACAGAGAUACAGCCAUCAGCACUGUCCCUAGACAAGGCUGAUUCUUAUUCCAUGGCCUGCAAACGAAGGCGCUUGUCUCUUAAUGGUCCUAGCACAGAAGACUCACCCUCUGACAUCAAGUGUGAGGACUUGGCCUCUGCUGCCACCAACAGUAGCUCCUAUAGCAAAGAAGCCCCCUCAUCCAAAGGCAUGGCAGCUUACUAUUCCUUUUACACAAACCCUUGAAUGUUUUAGGUAUUGUUUUGUCAUUUUGACUGUUCUUCAUCUGCCACCAUGACUAAGAAAUAUUCAUUUUCUUUUUUGUUAUUUGCACACCCAGAAUUUGUCUUGGUGGUGAUAUAUGUUUUGUUUUUUCCUUUUGUGGUGCCACAGGAAAUAUUAGGGACACAUUAACCUGAUGUGUAAAGGGGUGUGUGUGUGGCACAGCAAGCCUCAAAUAUGUUUGCUUGUUCCAUCUGUUCUAUCUCUAGACCAUCUAUUCUCCUGGAUGAUAUACUUUUUGAGCACCCUAUUUAUGUAACUCUGUAUAUCAAAUUUUGAUAGUGCCAAAGCAUUUGUUUUAGUUACCCUAAUUUUUUUAACAGUGGUAAGUGUGUUUCAUUGUGCACACUGUAUCUGCCUUUACACUGAGGUUAUAUGUUU